AAGGGAGCAAGCCAAGCUGUCGGUCUUCUCGAAUCCAUUCCCAGCUACCAGCACGGUUUCUUCACUUUGACUCGAUUGCAAGGCUUGGACGUGUUACCAUCCCACAAAUACACCGUCCUUUCUCGCUUUCUGCCUCUCAUAUAUUCGAUCAAGUUAGUAGAAACUGCUUCGGAUUGAUAUUAGGCAUAUGAAAUCGCUACUCCCGGUGUGCUAAGGAAAUGAGAAUAGCUGGUUGAGCUCUGAUUUAUCUACUUGCUUGAGUGCGAUGGAGUUUCUGUCUCGGUUUAAUCUUAGUUUUCAGAGGCCAUGUGCAAUUAUUUGGUUAUGGAUGGCUUUGGUACUCCUGAUGUGGAACAGUAGACAAGUGGUCUCAGAUUCCAAUUAUUUGAUUGGGCUUGGAAGCUAUGACAUCACAGGACCUGCAGCUGAUGUUAAUAUGAUGGGAUAUGCUAACGCAGAACAGAUUGCAUCUGGGGUUCACUUCAGGCUCCGAGCUCGCACUUUUAUUGCUGCGGAGCCAGAAGGGAACCGAGUAGUAUUUGUAAACCUUGAUGCUUGCAUGGCUUCACAACUUGUAACAAUCAAGGUGAUUGAGAGGUUGAAGGCAAGGUAUGGUGACCUAUAUACUGAAAAGAAUGUAGCUAUUAGUGGAAUUCACUCACAUGCUGGUCCUGGUGGUUAUCUCCAAUAUGUGGUGUAUAUUGUAACAUCCCUUGGAUUUGUACGGCAGUCAUUUGAUGUCCUUGUUGAUGGGAUUGAGAAAAGCAUUGUAGAAGCCCAUGAAAAUCUCCGGCCGGGGUCUGUUUUUGUAAAUAAGGGAGAGCUCUUAGAUGCUGGUGUAAGCCGCAGUCCUAGUGCAUAUCUUAACAAUCCUGCUGCAGAGCGAGCUAAAUACAAGUAUGACGUUGAUAAGGAAAUGACCCUUUUGAAGUUCCUAGAUGAGGAGUGGGGUCCAGUUGGUAGCUUUAACUGGUUUGCAACUCAUGGAACUUCCAUGAGUCGUACAAAUUCAUUGAUAAGUGGAGAUAACAAAGGUGCUGCUGCAAGAUUUAUGGAAGACUGGUUUGAGCAGUCAUAUUCCAGUAGAUUUGGAGCCAAUGGAAUCCCACGAAGAGUCUCAAACUUAAUUCCUGACCUCCAUACUAACCACCAUGAGUUACUGGAGCUUGCUGCUUCAUUCCAGUCACCUCCUGGUAGACCAGCAGGCAGCAUUCUGAGUGUUGCAAGACGUGUCAGGGGUGCUCUGAGGCAGGCUAAUAAGCCUGGAUUUGUAUCUGCUUUUUGUCAAUCAAACUGUGGUGAUGUUAGCCCAAAUGUUCUUGGAGCAUUCUGCAUAGACACUGGGCUACCUUGUGACUUCAAUCACAGUACUUGUGGUGGGAAGAAUGAGUUGUGCUAUGGCCGAGGACCAGGUUACCCAGAUGAAUUUGAAAGUACACGUAUCAUCGGAGAGAGGCAAUUCAGAAAAGCUGUAGAGCUUUUCAACAAAGCAUCUGAACAGUUAACUGGGAAGAUUGACUAUCGCCAUGCUUACAUAGAUUUUUCGCAACUUGAGGUGACACUUCCUAAACAAGGAGGAGGUUCUGAGGUGGUAAAAACAUGCCCUGCUGCAAUGGGAUUUGCAUUUGCUGCUGGAACGACAGAUGGACCUGGAGCUUUUGACUUCAAGCAAGGAGAUGACCAGGGAAAUCCUUUCUGGAAGUUGGUGCGCAACGUACUCAAAACACCAGACAAGGAACAAGUUGAUUGUCAACAUCCAAAGCCCAUUUUGCUUGAUACUGGUGAAAUGAAGCAACCAUAUGAUUGGGCUCCUUCAAUACUUCCGAUCCAGAUCCUCCGAAUAGGACAGCUCGCCAUUCUCAGUGUACCGGGAGAAUUUACCACAAUGGCUGGGAGGCGUCUCCGUGAUGCUGUGAAGUCAGUGUUUGCAAGUGGUGGUCAUGGACACUCUGAUAGCAAUGUUCAUGUUGUAAUAGCAGGGCUAACUAAUACCUAUUCACAGUAUGUGACCACCUUUGAAGAGUAUGAGGUGCAAAGAUACGAGGGAGCCUCUACACUAUAUGGUCCACAUACACUCAGUGCCUACAUUCAGGAGUUCAAGAAGCUUGCAAGUGCUAUCAUUAGUGGUCAAGCUGUUGAAGGAGGGCCACAACCCCCAGAUCUCUUGGAUAAGCAAAUAAGCUUACUUACCCCGGUUGUGCUCGAUGCAACUCCUUUUGGUGUAAACUUUGGGGAUGUUGACUCUGAUGUUGCUAAAAAUUCAACCUUUAAGAAAGGUGAUUUGGUGUCGGUUACCUUCUGGUCGGCUUGCCCUCGAAAUGACCUCCUGACCGAAGGUACGUUUGCCCUUGUGGAGAUCCUCCGUGGAAAGGAUACAUGGGUUCCCGCUUAUGAUGAUGAUGAUUUUUGCCUGCGUUUCAAGUGGUCAAGGCCGUCCCGACUCAGUACUCGGAGUCAGGCAACAUUAGAAUGGAGAAUCCCGGAAUCCACACCACCUGGUGUGUACAGGAUAAGACAUUUUGGUGCUUCAAAGAGUAUUCUGGGAUCAAUACGCCAUUUCUCAGGUUCAUCUAGUGCUUUCGUGGUAGCAUGAGGAUCUCUCUCCUGUCUAUAUAUCUAACUUCUAAGAAAGUGUUUGAAGGUUUUUGUGUGGGAUAUAUAUAUAUAUAUCUAAGGCGAGCGGUUAGCUUGAGAACGUCUUUGUUGUUGUGUAUAAGGCAGUGGCUACAGCCUACAGCCAUCAGGUGUUACUAGAUCAUAUUCCUGUCUUUGUAGCAUUAACUGAUUGCAUAUUUUGUAACAAUCAAAGUUGAAAAUACCAAAAGAAUUAUGCUGUUUACAA